UGAACACACCUCAAGUGCCAUAUAUGUCAGAAUUGACAUUUGAUUUUGAAAAGCGUUUCAUCUGCCGCGUUUGUUUUUAUAAAAAAUAAAAAAUAUUUUCCUAAAAUUUGAUACUGCACUGAAAUAAAAUGACUAAACUCGAACCCCGUGUGAAAAAACAAAAACUUGACUACGAUGAAGAUGAGCUCGAAACUCCAUCCGCAUUUAAUCCUAAAUUCCGAGUGUGUCCCUAUCUGGACACAAUCAACCGUCCUCUCUUAGAUUUUGACUUUGAAAAACUCUGCUCUAUUUCUCUGACCCGGAUAAACGUUUACGCCUGCCUUGUUUGUGGUAAAUACUUCCAAGGGAGAGGUACAAACACACAUGCCUACACCCAUUCGGUCUCCGAAUCCCACCACGUAUUCCUAAAUCUGCAAACUCUUCGAUUCUACUGCUUGCCGGACAACUAUGAAAUCAUUGAUUCGUCACUCGAUGACAUCAAAUACGUCCUAAAUCCAACGUUCAGUGUAAAAGACAUUAAGAAUCUUGAUAAUCCUUUGGUAAAAUAUUCUCGAACUGUCGACGGUACUCUGUACUUGCCUGGCGUUGUCGGUCUGAAUAAUAUCAAAGCGAACGACUACUGCAACGUUGUACUUCACGCUCUGUCGCAUGUUGGACCCCUGAGAAACUACUUUUUGCGAGAAGAAAGUUACGCCAAAAUUCGUCGCCCGCCAGGUGAUUCUAUCUUCACACUUGUCCAACGGUUCGGAGAGCUUAUGCGGAAAAUGUGGAAUCCAAGAAAUUUCAAAGCGCACGUUUCGCCCCACGAAAUGUUGCAAGCAGUUGUGCUUUGGAGCAACAAACGCUUCCAAAUCACCGAACAGGGAGAUCCUAUUGAUUUUCUUUCAUGGUUCUUGCAUACUCUGCAUCGGGCAAUGAAAGGAACUAAGAAAGCCGACUCUUCCAUCAUUUACAAGAUCUUCCUUGGUGAAAUGAAGAUAUUCACCAGAAAAAUACCCCCUGUUGAACUCGAUGACACUCAAAAGGCGCUCCUUCUGGCCACCGAAGAAUACCAGGAGAAGUGUGAGGACUCAAACUUUCUCUAUUUGACCUGCGAUUUGCCCCCGCCUCCUUUAUUUACCGACGAGUUCCGGGAGAAUAUCAUUCCCCAAGUGAAUUUGUAUCAACUUUUGUCAAAGUUCAAUGGCACAAUGGACAAGGAGUAUAAAACCUACAAGGAUAACUAUUUGAAACGCUUCGAAAUAACCCGACUACCCCAAUAUAUAAUUUUGUACAUCAAAAGAUUUACCAAAAAUACCUUCUUUUUAGAAAAGAACCCAACUAUAGUCAACUUCCCAAUUAAAAAUGUAGAUUUUGGUGAUAUACUCACACAAAGCAACAGAGACAAACACAAGAAUACCAAAUACAGUCUGGUGGCAAAUAUUGUGCACGAUGGAGAACCCGGCAAGGGCACAUUCCGCGCUCAUAUACUGCAUAAGGCCAAUGGCCAGUGGUAUGAAAUGCAAGAUUUGCAUGUCACCGAAAUUCUUCCCCAAAUGAUAACAUUAACUGAAUCUUAUAUACAAAUAUAUGAGACUGAAGAUGUCUAGCUAGUCAAAAUAG